GGGCCCUAAGUCUGCUAACUGAAAAAUGCUUCAAAUGCAUCUCAAUUGCGGUUAUUAUUUACAAACAAGGGGAACGUCAAUGAAACAAGAAUGUUAGAUGAAUGAAGAAAAAUUUAUGAUAGAAAUUCUAAUGACGUUCCGUUGCGGUAUGUCAAUAAUGAUUAAUGUUCAUUGGGAAUUUUAAUUUCAUGGAGAAUACUUGAGCUUAUUUUUAGGUUCGUCAUGUUGGCAUGCCUGAUUUUUUGGCAUUGACAUUUGACAAACAUGUGACGAUAUCAGCUAACUUCAGUUUGUUGAACAUAACCAAAACCACGUGUGAAGUGUGUUUAAUAUUUUGAUUAUUUAAAUGCUGUGAAAUAAAAACCAUGGGUAAAUUCAGAUCGAAAAUAAAAGGUUCCACGAAGGGGAAAAGAUGGCAGAAGGGUCAGUCAUCGAAUUCAAAUCCAAAAACCCAGAAAUACCGGGAAAUGGCAAAAUCCCGGUUCUUCCAGGAGAACCUUAGCAACUCAGGACUAACUCAGCAAGCCUUACAAAAGCAUGACGCUAUGACGUUAUAUGGUCAUAAGAAGAAAGUUGACGAUGAGCUAACAAUAGCAAAGGAGUUUGAGAGUAUGUCAGUGCGUACUGGCGAAGAUGACACAGAAACCGAAUACACUGGAUCGCAGAAGUCUGGCACUUUUAAGACGUUCCAGACAUUUGCGUCAGAUUGGAGCCAAUGCUCUAAUAUAAGUUUCAGCAAACUGUUAACGAGGUUUGAUUCAAACAAUGCAAUGCACAAGGAAAUGCUGGCAGUUCUAGCCGCCGUCACAGAAGUGAUAAAAGAACAAGGGGGCAAGGAAACCACUACGGAGUACUUUGCAGCUUUGAUGCAGACCCUUAAAUCAUCAGAGGGCGAAGAGAGCCUGGUAGCCACGCUGUCCCUCCUAUCAAUGGGCAUCAAAUCAGUGCCACAGGCGGUGCUGCGGAAACAAUUCUCGGAUUCAGCGGCAAUAUUCAUGGAUAUAUUGGAGAAGAAUGCAUCUUCCGAGAAUGGAACGCUACUGAGAAGCGCCAUAGGUUGUCUGUCGGUGUUGUUGAGAGCACAGGAGCAUGCGGUGUGGGCCCACUCGUCCACUAUGAAGGUGUUCGACUGUGUGCUCGCUUUCACAAUACAUUCCAAGCCGAAGGUCCGCAAAGCAGCGCAACACGGCAUUACGUCAAUACUCAGAGGAAGCUGUUUUAUGAUCCCGUCAGAGGAACAGAAAAAUAAGGUGAAACUCCAUCCGGCAUCCAACCGUGUAGCAGAGUACUGCCUGCAAGGCAUCAAGCCGGAAGCAUUGCUCUCCGGACACAGGACUGUGUUGCACACGCUGGCCAUGUUGCGAGACGUGUUGCCAGCUUUCAGCAAAGAUAACAUUAAGAGCACCUGCGAGGCGAUCCUCUCGCUAAUGACCCACAACAACAUAUACAUAAAGACGUGUUGCCUGCACACGCUGCACGCGUUGUUCUCAACGCCGAAGGAGUCGUCGAACAUGACCUCCAACCUCGCGGUGCAGUUGGGCAGAGCCCUGAUGGCGGCCAGGCCGCCGGCCAACGACACCGGCCAGGUGCUCGCUUGGGCCACGGUGCUGCAGCAGGGGUAUUGCUGUCUCGCUGGUCUCGAUCUGAACUUGUGCGUACCGAACUUGCCGGCGUUCGUCGGCGUUUGCGUGUCGGAACUGUGGCUCUCGGACGUUGCUGAAGUUAACUCCGCUUCUACCAACGCACUGAAAGCAAUUCUUCUGGACUGCGUGAAGCCGGCGCUAGAGUCGGAGGAAUGUUUGAUAAAGCACAAGUCUCACAUCGACGCCAUCUUUAAAACUAUCGGCACAGGACUCGACAAUCCGUUCAAUCAAGCUGUCAAACACGUCAUAUUAACCAUAGCUGUUUGCUUCGAGAUCGGCAAUGAGAAAGUGGCAAACGCUCUCGGACCAUUAUUAAAGAAACUCAAUGAUCGCCGCGAGAGUCACAACUUUUUCAACGAAAAGGAAGCGGAGUACGCCACGGGGUGCGCUGUGAAAUCCCUCGGACCGGAAUUCGUGCUGAAAAUCAUUCCCAUACGAAACGGGGACACCAUAAACCUGGACAGAAGUUGGUUGCUGCCAGUUUUGAAGGAGAAAAUAACGAGUUCCAACCUCAAGUACUUCGCAACUGACAUACUCGAGUUGGCCACGUUCUGCAGGCGAAAAUCCCGCGAACUCGCCGAAGCGAACGACACCCCCGGCUCGCACACUUACGAUCUACUGUGCAACCAAUUAUGGGCCUUGUUGCCGAGUUUCUGCAACUCGCCCAAAGACAUCAAGGACAGUUUUAAAGUCAUAGCGCGAGUUCUAGGCAGCGUCCUGAAGGACAACCCUGAGUUCCGGUUGUCCGUUAUGGCGGCUUUGAGGAAGUUGAUUGUUUGUUCAGCGAGUAAUGAUGAGGAUACGGCCGAAUUGGGAAGGUUCGCUAAGAAUUAUGUGCCGAUUCUAUUGAAUAUAUACAUGUCGCCGGUCAAAGGGAGCACGGCGGAGGGACAGAGGCUGGCCGCUCUGGAGACUAUACAGGUAUAUCUGUCGAUAUGCGAGCAGACGUUGCGCGAAGAGCUGUUCACAAACGCGCUCCAGCAACUGGAGACGUCGCAGAACAAUCACUUCCAGCGCGAAUCCAUUCUCGACGUAGUCCGUCUGCUCGUACUAUACCAGAGCGGCGAUCAGAUCGCGGACUUGUUCGACAAAUGGGUCUACCCGCUGUGCGAGACGGUGCUGGAGAACCCGAAGAAACAUAAGAGAACGAAAAAAGAGAACCGAAACGAAAUAGAGGAAGAGAAUAAUGAGGAUAAGAAGGAAAUGCGAUACAAGGAUAAGGCGAAGUUGCUGGAGAUGGAGCACAAGAAAGCGUACAGGAUAUUGGAAGAGAUAUUAAAGAGUGAUAACGAGGGUUGUAACCAGUUUCUGAAGUCGCAUUAUAAGAAGGUAAAGAAAUUGUUGAUGACGUCACUGAACAAAGUGGCCGAUAGCAGCAAGGCGGCUAGAUUAAGAUGCAUAGAACUGUUAAUAAACAUCCAAUCGUCGAAUCUCAACGCCGAGAGUAAACUCAUUAAAUCGGCUAUAGCCGAAUCGGUGGUAUGCACUAAAGACAUCAACACAAAGUGUAGGGAAUGUGCCUAUAGUGUUAUCGGUUCGAUUGGAAAUAUACUAAAGGCACAGGAUGGUGGUAUGCAAGCUUUCGUAGACAUGUUAAAAUCGGGUCUAUCAGCACCGGUGCCGAGGAUAGUCAGUGCUACGAUCCUGGCAUUGGCAUCAGCUCUGUACAACUUCACCCAGGAAAUGGGUCUGGAGGUGGUCCAGGGUCUGUUGGAGACAAUGGCGGAACAGGCGAUGAGCGGGAAUAGGGAGAUAGUGGCUGCUGCCUUGAGUUUCCUGAAGGCAUACACCAAGGUACUUCCGACUGAAGUGCUAUCGGGAAGUCUCCCGCUGAUCUUCAAAACGCUCUCCACCAUGUCGGAAGAUUGCAAGCGGCAUUCCCGUAUGGAAAUCGGAUAUUUCCUGUCAAGGAUGACGAGGAAAUUUGGCGCGGAAACCGUCGAGAAGCUGAUACCGCGGGAGGAUGAGGUCAUGUUGCGUCGGCUGAGGAAUAUCAGGAAGAUGGAUAAUAGGAAGAAGAGGAUGAGGGAGGGAAGAGAACAAGAAUCCGAUUCAGAAACAGAUAUAGCCGUGAAGGGCACGUCAAAGACCCUGGAAGACAUUCUAAAAGACUCCGACUCAGAGAUGGAGUACAUGGAGGAAGAGAGACCUAAAGCCAAGGCCAAAAAGGGCAGGAACCAGGCCUGGAUUCAGGAUGAUCCAGAGAAUAUUGUCGAUUUGGCCGAUGUGUCCUCUGCUAGGAAAAUUACAGCUACGGAUCCAAAGAAGAAACGCGCAGUCGAAGAAAAGACGCAAAAGAAAAAAGAUGGCGGCUUCCGAACGGCGCCGGACGGCAGACUGAUCAUUGCGGAUGAUGACUUUGGGGAUGAUGAUGAUGAUGAGCCCAAGCCAAGUGGUGAUAUUGAUACUGAUACUGAUGACACAGACGGUGAGGAUAAUGAGAAAACAUCGAAAUUAGUGAAGCCGGGCACGAAACGGCGCUACGGUGACAUCCUCAGCAUAAAGAGCGGCCGGACCAAUAGGAGCCGAGCUUCCACUGCAACUGUGGCUUCUAAAUAUAAGGCCGGUGGAAAGGGCAUACAUAGACCGCUCGGUUCGGCGGCGUCUGUGACGUCAGUUGGUACGGACUAUCGUUCGAAGAAAGCGAAGGGCGAUAUUAAGAAGAAGGGGAAACCGGAGCCGUACGCCUAUCUACCGUUGACGAGGAAGAAUCUUAAUAAGAGGAAAAAGGCUGUUACAACAAAACAAUUUAAAGGCAUCGUAAAAGCGAAAACAAAAGGAGUUAAAAUAAAACCAAAUAAAAAAUAAUACUGAUUAAGUUAUCCUAGUUUUGUUAUGAUCUAGAUUUUUAGAAGAAUAGUGAGAAGAAAGGUGUAAUAGUCUAAAUUUAAGAAUGUCCUGGUCAGAAAUAUUAUUAUGAAAUAUACAAAUAUUUAAUACAACACAAGUUGUUAAAGAAACUUUGGAUGGUUAAAAAGAAGCUCAUGUUAUUUAAGGAAUUGUCUUUAUUUUUUAACGCCUUAUACAGCUUAUAAUAACCUAAAAGUUGUCAUAUUCAUACUGCGCUUUGUUUUCAUGUUGACCGUAAAUGUAUUCAGAGAAUAUAUUUAUAAAGAAAUAAAUAAAAAUCGAUUCA